UUAAGUUUAAAAAAUUGAAAAAAUUCUCUCUCUACCAAACGGGACAGAAUCAACAAAAUCCCCUUUUCAGCGCUUGAGGCCAACGCGCCUCCCCCAUGGGCACGCCGGAGGAGUCUCCACCGGCGCGUCUUCCUACUCCGUCAGAAGGCUAGAAUGAGGCAAACCUCAUGAAUGGAGGUGACUCGAAGAAUCCAGGCUAUGCGGCCACGAUAGCUAGUCCUCCAUCUCUCAGUAAACCUCCUAAAGGCUAUGGAUGCCCAAUAAUCCAAGCUCGCACCACCACCCAUAAUGGAAUGCCAGCAGUCAUUUUUGAGGUUAAAGAUUACUACAGAUUCAUGGCCGAAGAAUACAAGCUCACCAUUGUAGACAGGUGUUAUUUUCAGCGGCGUGUAGAGAAGUUCUUGCUUGGAUCGACUUACAGCAGGAGACUUGAGCAAGCGGAUGUUAGGCACCGUCACAACCCUACAGUUGGGAUUUCAGAUUGUGACAAGUUGGUAUUGGAGCAUUGGGUUGCCUAGGUCACACGAGCCAUGAGCAAGCUUACUAGAGUUUGGAGGAUCGGUACAGAGACGUCUAUGCUUAUCUUCUAGAGGCUAUAGGCUUUAGGGAAGUUUCACUUUUUUCUUUCUCUAUCGUGCAACUUUAUUCUAUCACUAAAGUUGAACCAUUCUAUUAUUGUUCUCUCGCAGAUGGUGAGGACACACACAACAUCCACAACCAGACAGGAGCUGGAGCCCUAUGUUGCAGCUAUUACCAGGGGUAAGGGCCGAGGCCGAGGUAGGGGCUGAGGCAAAGGUAGGGCUCAGCCUAGAGCACGUGUAGCAACACCCAUUGCAAAGCCUCAGAUCGAGCAUGAGGAGGAGAUCCCUGUUCAGACCACACCAGUCGGACCUGCUCAGGUCCUGGAGGGAUUCAUUGCUACUCCCGUACUUUAGGACGCCCUAGUCCACUUACUGGGCUUUAUAGAGAGUGUCGCCAGGCCAGAGUAUUUACUAUGGCACCAGUUGUCUCUCAGGCUGGGGGAGGAGCCCAGACUCCCGCUAUUCACGCUCUGGAGCAAAUGGCACCAUAUAUCAGACUAUGACAGUUCCAACAGUUAGAGUGGUUCUCCUGUUAUUGCUACACAUCUACAGGGCAGGCCCACUGUCGUGCCCCACUUUCUCGCGAAAGUGGGCUUUGACUCGUGACAACUCUUUUAAAGGAGGUAUUAAAAGAGAAGAGUCGCCACCUAACGAUUAGUAAGGUGUGUUAGGGAACAUAUUUGCGAAUAACUCAGUUUGACUAGUCAACGCCACCAAAGAUCGGGUAAGGGCUCAAAUUACUUCAGAGAGAUGGUGUUAGGCACUCUUCGAGGUCUACAGUUUAAACUAUGUGAAUUAUGUAAUUAGGCUAAGUGAUCAA